GUCUCUCCGACGUUCAAUUUCUUGAACCCCUCCAUCCUCUGCGAACGAUAGCAUCAUGCCAGGCCCACGAAACAUGAAAAAGAAGGCCAAGCAGCAGGCCAAGAAGGCGAGAUAUUCGCAGGGCGAGAGACCGCUUGACGACGAGCAGGACGCGUCCUCCAAAUCUCCUGCACCGGUCGCCUGUGCCGACGAACACGACGCGCUGUGUGCUACAGGCAACACUCAGCUUGUGACGGAAGGAGCAUACCAAUACAAUCAGCCAAUAGCUGCGAAUGCUCUACCACCCGACCAUCCCUACUACCCUGCCGAAGCAUACCCUAAUCCUUAUUCCGCGCCAGACCCUUACGAGGAGCCACCACCGCCCAAUGUCCCCGAAGACCACGAGCGAAUCCAUCCAUCGCUUGUUAACGAGCCGUUCAUCUACGAUCCGGGGAACGGUCCCCGUGUCCGCAAUGUACACGCGUUUCUUGAUUCUACCUUUGCCUCACCACCUUCUCUGGACGAUCCCCUGUGUGCCGAAUUUGCACAGGAAGAAAUGUUGGAGAUGUUGUGCUCUGUUCUGCCCGAGGAAACGGCUCUGAUAUUGUGGUAUAACAAGAGUCGACAAGUUGCGAGGGUCUGUCCCGCAUGUCAGCGGCUAUACCACCUGGGUGAUGUCUUGCCAGAACAUCUGCUGGACGAGAACUCAAUACCCAAGCCUCACGAACCGAUCGCCCCCAACCUAUUUCGCGAGCAGGAGCUGAGCGGUCUCUGCUCUCCCAUGUGCUUUGUCCUUGCGGCCUUCAACUACCCCGGCGUGAUUCGCUCCGCCUGGGGCCGCAUGGCCGAAGAACUCGACGCCGAGACGUGGGACCUCCUCGACGGCCCCGGGAUGUCUGCAGUGCAGAAUGACCGGGGACUCGGCAUGUUGCUCAAGAUGACGCGGUGUACGGACCUCGGACUGGGCGAGAUGUUCUUCCCCGACGAGGAGCUUGUUGUUGAGGAAGACUAUGGUAAUGAGGGCUACGAAGAAUACUCGGACGAAGAGGAUUACGGACUAGAGGUGUCGUUAAGCGAUUCAGAGAGGCUGGUCGGGACAGCGAGAUGGGACCGCGGUUCGGACGAGACUCAGCACCAGCUUGAGGAGGACGGACUGCUACGGAGUAUGAACGUGCUGAGUUUGACAGCCUGAUUUUACUUUGUUACGAUGCUCAUCUAUACAUUGUACGUGACUGCCCGCCGUCUCGAGUGUCCCAACAUCUGCUUCAGG